UUGAUGUCGUCCCCGCCGCUUCCCUUCCCGUAAUCCCCGCCUAUCCUGACCAACACUCACCUCGGCUAAGACGACGCAGACACAGUCUCAACAGCGACGGCGACAUCCACAGUGACCAGUAUGUGGUCCAAAAUCAGCAGUGCACUCAAACGGCCAGAGACACCAGCGCAAGACCUGGACAGCCUCCUCGACGACAAGCAUCCCUCCAACGCCGUCCUCAACGCCGUCUUUGACCGACACCCGAACCUCUCAAACUUUCAUGAUCCCACCGAAGUCCCCUUUCCCUCUCCGAGUCCACCUGCAUCCCCUUCGAAGCAUGGUCGGAAGGGCCUCUUCAAGCGGAAUCCCAAGUCGUUUCACGACGGCGAACAGGCCAACACACUGCCUAUCAAGCUCUCAAUACCUCACCUCAAGAAAGUAAAGUCUUCAAUUCAUACGAUGUCCAUCACGGCAUCCUCGAGGAAUGUUGCUAACUCGUCUCCUGUGGCAGGUUCUGACGCCUCGUCAAUAAGUCGAGCGUCAACAGACUCAAGUCGGCAGCGACAAUCCCAAGAAUCAAUUCGCCCUCCAGAUUCCGCAGUGUCUGCCCGGACACCCAUAACGCCAAUCGCUGAAGGUCGCUUCGGCUCGUUACGCUCCAUCCUCCGCGACGGCGCCACGCCUGCGACAGGGCAGAGUGUGCGCUUCUUCUCCCGCGACGCCUACAAGGUCAUCACCCCAGACGUGUCCAAUGCGAGCGCAAGUGGCAGCGAACCCUCACCCUCUUCUUUCGGUGCACGAAUCAAGGGCGCGAGUAGCACACCUUCACGGCCAACGGUUCAGGAUGUCUUCUCACCGCCUCCACCUUCAUCCGUAAAGCCCCUUCCUCCACCGGAUGAUACAAACAUAUUUGAUCUCUCCCAGGACUUCGACUUACCUCCCAUUCCCAUCAGCAAGGACAAUGUGCCUUUGCUCGAUAGCGCCAUUGAGCUUCCCUCUUCGGAUGCGGAUAGCUCAGCCAUCGUCAUGCGCUCCGAGGUCGACGGAGACUUCCGUAGCAGUACGCCAUCAAAUAAUCGGUCAGGGUCCAGCACGGGCAUCCACGACCGCAGCCAGUCCUUCAGCUUUGGUCAGACUGUUUUUCAUUCGAUCAAAGACGUCGGGAAGGACUCCCCAAUCUCCUUGGGCUCAUCCGGCUCCAAGCGCGGCUCGCUCAAGCCCAAGAACCGCAGCCGCGCGUACAGCGACAGCGUCUUCCACUCGUUCCUUCCCAGCCCCCCUGCACGGAACGAGACGCCCCCGCCGCCCGAGGCAGACAUCGACGACCGCGUGUCGGGCACGCUCAUCCUGUACAACGCUGCGAACCCCAAGUCUCCGCCACGCUCGCCGCAAAAGGAGAAGGACCCUUUCGGGGCGCACGCCACGGCGUACUACACUCCCGGCUCCGGCGUGCCCCCCACUCCGCCGCAGGUCGUUGCGACGCACAACCGCAAGGCGUCGCGCGAGGAAGACCUCAUUCUCUCCUUGCGGACGCAGCUCGCGCUCCAGACGGAGCUGUGCGCGCAGUACGAGGUCGACCUCCGCGGGCGCGACGAGAUGAUGCGUAUGCUGCAGUCGCGCCUCGACGAGGGCGAGCGCGAGGUCGAGCGCCGGAAAGGGUUCAACAAGGGCUACAGGAAGCGCAUCGCCGAGCUUGAGCGGUAUUCGCGCUCGCUCGAGGAGCAGGUCGAUCGGAGCAGGGAGGAGAGCAUGGAGCGCAGCAUCAUGGACGAGGCGUCCGGCCAGGCGUUGCGGAGCCUGCACCAGCGCAUCGAGGAGCUCGAGCGCGAGAAGCGCGAGCUGGAGAAGAGCGCGCGUGCGAGGGAGGAGGAAUUGCAGGCAGGGCGGGCGGAGCUCGAGCGCGCGCGGGAGGAGUUGAGCAGGCGGGACGACGCGGAGCGGGAGCUCAAGGACGGCAUCGCGCGCGCGCAGGAGCAGAUGGAGAGCAUGGACGUGAGCAUGGCGCUUUCGCUCGAGGAGGGCGACCGCUCGCGUCUCCUGUCCACGGUUGGGUGGGACGAAGAGCGGAAGGCGCUGAUGGCGGCGAACGAGGCGAUGCGGACGGAGCAGCUCGCGCUCGAGACGCAGCUCGUGGACGCGCGCGAGGAGGUGCAGAAGAAGGACGGCGAGCUCGGCGUGCUCAAGGCCGAGCUGGAGGCGCAGUGGCGCAACACGGAGGCGAUGAGCGAGCGGAUCGCGGAGGCGGAGAGGGAGCGGGACGCUGCCAGGAGGGACGUCGAGGCUCUUAACCAGAGGAUUGGGGAGAUGGAGGAGGAGUGGGCGCACGCGGAGACCAGGAAGAACGAGCUUGAGGCGGAGGCGCAGGAGCUUCUGGCGGAGAGGGAGGAGUUGGAGAAGGAGCACGCAGAGCUCGAAGACCAGUUGCGCGCAGAGCAGGAACACUCCGAAGAGCUCACGCAGGCGCUACGCGAGCGCGAAGACAAGGUUACUUCACUCGACCAGGAGCACAAGUUUGCGCUAGACCGAGCGACGCGGGUCGAGGCCCGUCUGCGCGAGCGCGAAUCCGAGCUGUCUGAACUCCACAGGAAGCAGACCGAGCUCGAGAACGAUGCGGAGCUUGCGCAGGACGAGAUCGCGAAGAUGAAGCGCGAGCACGCACGGAUCGUCAACGAGCAGAGUCGGAAGCUCCAAGACGUCGUCGCGCGCGAGGUCGAGGCGCGCGCUGCUAUGGAGGCGCUGGUCCGCGAGAAGGCAGAGCACGACGUGCAUGUCGGGAGCCUGAAGGACAAGGUGGAUUCGUUGACGUCUGAGGUAGAGCGGUUAAGGCGACAGGUGCACGACCUGCAGCAAGAGAGCGCGGACAAGGAGGUCAAACUCGUUCAGCUGCAGAAGCAGCGGGCCCAGGACAAGGAGGAUAUGAAUGGGUUGAAUAUCGCCCUCGACUCGAAGCAGCAAGAGCUCGAACUGCUCAAGAGGCGCAUGAGUGUUCGCGGCACCGCUGGCGGCACUCCUGCUUCUACCGCCAAGAUACCAGCUGCCCGUCGCGAGUCGUCCAUCUUCGCUACGCCCAGCGUUGUCGGAACCCGGCCCCCGUCAGUAAUGUCCGAUACCGACAGUGUUAAGGAUCGCCGUCUCAGCCAGACACCUUCGACGCUCAUGAAGCCUGCUCUCGGUAGGAGCAUCCGCGCCAACGGCCCCCCAAGCUCUCUCAGCGCAAGCACCUCAAAGCGUGCCGUCGAUGGCUCGAUGGGCCCCCCACCUACUGCCGGUGUCGGCCGUAGUCAGUCCGCGACUGCGACGCCUACGCGCAUUCCCUCCGGGCCUUCUGCACGUGCGACUCCCAGCACAAUCAAGGCACCCAUCCACCAGCGCAGAAGUUCAGCGUCGAUCCAUGAGGCGUCCAAGCUUCGCGUGUCGAGUUCCAGUCAGGAGAAGCUCGAGAAGCUCCAGCGGCUUCCCUCGGUGUCGUCCGCGAGCGAGCCGUCUGAGAAGGAGAACUCGGCGCCCUCGCCUUCGUCCAGCACGAGUUCGACGCAAGCAACCGCAAAUGUCAAGACGAUGCGCCGCGCGAGUGCGAUGCCCGCAUAAGUUAUGGAAAUGAAGAAGGCGCGCGUGGAUUUGGUCGGUGUUGCAUUAAGUCCAGCUUGCAGCAUUGCAGUUGCAUACAUAUACCCCUCAUCUCAUCCCCCCUCGCCCCAUCCAAGAUUGUACUCAUACAUCCUGCAUGUUGCCCUCGUACCUUGCAUGGUCGGACUUCUCAGCGACUCUCCAUCCGUCGUCGUCGCAUGCAUCCAGUUAAGCAUACCUCAUCUCAUCCCAUUUCCCCACCCAUGCAUCUCUCCCUCGCAUCUUGAACUUAUGAUUCCACUAUGUACUUCGCUUUCGCCGUGUGCCUCUGAUCUCGCUGCUGCUUUCGUCUGUCCAUCUCACAGUCCGAUCCCGUUCGAAUUUCUCGCUAUACAUGCUUCAGACUCCCCCUUUUGUCGAUUCUGGACAAUCAGUGUCAGCUUCGUGCGCAUUCUUCGUCAGUCUUGCACCGUAAUCCCCCUCUUGUCCAUUUUGUCGAUAGCGUUGGAGCUCAUCCGAUGCAGCCAG